CCAAACCGAAAAAAGCCCAGUCCCAUUCAUAGCCUGCUGCUCUCGCUGAACUCAAACCCAAACCCAAACCCUAAUUAAUAACAGAGCACACAACACUUGUCUUCCUCUUUCGAAGAAGCUCCGUCUCUCUUGUUCAGCCGAAGAAGAACAACUCAGCGGUGCCCUGAGAUCCUCGAUCGUUUCGAGGGUCGCAACCGAAAAACCCUAACAACAUGAGGCCAAUUCUGAUGAAAGGGCACGAGAGGCCCCUCACCUUUCUCAAGUACAACAGAGAUGGGGACCUUCUCUUCUCCUGCGCCAAGGACCACACCCCCACCGUCUGGUUCGCCGACAAUGGCGAGCGUCUCGGAACCUAUCGCGGUCACAACGGCGCCGUUUGGUCUUGCGACGUCUCGAGGGAUUCGAUGUUGUUGAUUACUGGAAGUGCGGAUCAGUCGGCGAAGCUAUGGAAUGUCCAGACUGGUCAGCAAUUAUUCACCUUUAACUUCGAUUCUCCGGCGAGGUCUGUCGAUUUCUCCGUAGGUGACAAGCUUGCUGUUAUCACCACUGACCCUUUUAUGGGUCACACUUCUGCAAUUCAAGUCAAGACUAUUGCUCAGGACCCAGAAGAUCAGAUUGGUGAUUCGGAUUUGGUCAUUAAGGGUCCUCAGGGAAGAAUAAAUAGAGCUGUUUGGGGACCUCUUAACCACACCAUUAUUAGUGCUGGUGAAGAUACCGUCGUUCGUGUCUGGGAUUCUGAGACUGGAAAGCUGCUUAUCGAGUCGGAGAAGGAAGUUGGCCACAAAAAACCAAUUACUUCGCUUUCAAAAUCAGCAGACGGUUCGCACUUUAUUACCGGUUCCCUUGAUAAAUCUGCCAAGCUUUGGGAUACAAGGACCUUGACUCUUAUCAAGACCUAUGUUACGGAGCGCCCUGUUAAUGCAGUUACUAUGUCUCCAUUGCUUGAUCAUGUGGUGCUUGGAGGUGGUCAGGAUGCAUCAGCUGUUACUACAACUGAUCAUCGUGCUGGGAAGUUUGAGGCUAAAUUUUUUGACAAGAUUCUUCAAGAAGAGAUUGGAGGAGUGAAAGGGCAUUUUGGACCAAUAAAUGCUCUGGCUUUCAACCCUGAUGGUAAAAGUUUCUCGAGUGGAGGUGAAGAUGGUUAUGUACGUAUACAUCAUUUUGAUCCGGAUUACUUCAACAUCAAGAUUUAGGUUUGGAGCUUUCUUCUUCCCCAACCCAGCUACCGUCUUUUCCGAUAGUUAGUUCUGCAUUGUGAUUGUUGUGGUAAAAACUCAGCCUCUGAUUUUUACUUAAUGGAAGUAAAACAAUUUUGUAGAAAUAUUUAUGGAGAUAAUCAUUCUUUUUCUUUUUUUA